UGUGUGCAGGUAAAAAGGAACAAGCGACACAAAACAGAAAACAUUUAUCCUGGCAGAAAGCGAGGAGGAGUGCGAUGGAAACGGACUGUCCAGCGAAACCUUAUUGUACGGCGGAACCCCUAAAGCGAGGUAUUUAAGUCGGCGAAAAAGCGCAACACCUUCAGCUUCUUGGAAGAAAGUGCCGUUGUGUCAACCAUCGCUUGGCUCCCGGGCACGCUUUGUACAGCGAGCAACUUGGACAGCUGCGUGUUUCCAAGCGAGCCAUCAACAAAGAAUGAAAGCAUUCAAACGAGCUCUGGAAGACGAGCAUCGCCCGGAGCAGGAGCACUCCUCGGCUGUGUCGGACAGUGAUGACGGCUCCCCACUCGACCUGUCAGGAAGAGGGCUCUUUGGGAAGCGCCGUCGCCGCGGCAACCUGCCGAAGGAGGCGGUGCAGAUCCUGCGGAGCUGGCUGUACGAGCACCGCUUCAACGCCUACCCGUCAGAGCAGGAGAAACUCAGUCUGUCAGGCCAGACCAACCUCUCAGUGCUGCAGAUAUGUAACUGGUUCAUCAAUGCACGUCGCCGCCUCCUCCCUGACCUGCUCCGCAAGGACGGCAAAGAUCCCACCAAAUUCACCAUCUCCCGCAAGGUUGGCGGUAAAAGCGAAGGCCACUCAUCUAAUGGAGGCGGAGCCAGCUCUCCGGAAAGCAACUCGUCCCAACAACGCCCGUCUGUCAUCCGCUCGGCCCCCACGCUGGACCUCAGUCUUCUUGGGAACACGGCAACAGCUAUUCUGACAGGAGCAGGCUACCCUGGUAAGGAGGGAUCGGUCCAGGCGCUGAUGAAGCUGGAUACACAAAGUCUGCUGAGGGAAGCAGAGGAGCAGGGGGCUUGUCUCACCAGCACAACAAUAGCAGCAAGCCCCACCAGCGGCCUCUUCAACACGCCUCCGCCGACCCCACCCGAGCUGUUACCCACCCAGGACUUCAGCGAUUUGAGGCUCCUGGUUGAUGCAGCUCUGCAGAGGGCAGCGGAGCAGGAGAACCUGAAGAGACUCCAGGAGAGCCAGAACAGAGCAACAGAGGCCGUGAAGACGGACCUAGUGGAGGCACAGUGCGGCGCUUACAGCAGCGACAUGGGACCUACACCACCUCCAGAGGACAGCCAGCAAGUCAUGGAUCCUUCCAGGGUGCAGAGUCUGAUGGAGAAGGCUAUGGCUGUUUCCGUGUCAGGUGUAACCUCAGUGAAGGCUCCAGUGCCUCUUUCAUUAGCAGCCUCUGUACCAGCCCCAGCCCCAGUCUUGGUCUCAGCCCCCCGGCUCUCCCCUCUGCCAGUGAAUAAAAUCAUCUGGAGUCCCGUGGAGAAGGACACUGCCAGAGCUUCCAGCCCAAACCAGCCUCCGCUCAUCGCAGCCCAUCUGCCAACAUUGGUACCAACUCCUGCCUCAGUUUUAGGACAGCCAAAUUCUCAGAAAGCAGCUGCUGCUCCAGCCAUCACCCCAGCUUCAUCAUCAGCUCCAGCCUCAAGCUCAGUCCCUGCUCCGCCGCCCGCUACGUGUCCCACGAGUGCAUCGGCGCCAGCCACAAGGCCGGUCUCGGUGCCAUCGUCAGUCCUCCUCCCGGCCACAAGUUCCACUGCUCCAAGCCAGGCGCCAUCCCAGUGUGUAGCGCUUGUUCCAGCUGCUCCUUCUCCAGCCAUCACCUCUUUCACCCCCCCCAGAGGAGUCCCGCUCUACCUGCCGUUCCACAAAUCCCCCAUAAUCCCGGUCACAGUUCCGUGUCCGUCACCCGUUUCAACCGUGGCGUCGUCUCCAGCCCCUGUUCACACCCCAGUCUUUGUGUCUGCCCAAGCUCCAGCUCCCCUCCCAGCGUCACCCCCAACACCCUCCUCUACACCAACAAGCACGCCUCUUCUGGGCCUGGUCUCCCACGUCUCCCCUCCUCUUCAGCCUUCAGCUUCCUCCACAAGCAGCACCAGCAGUAGCAGUGUUAGUAGUAGUGCACACAGGAAUUCAGCAGUGGCGCCCAGCGUCUGGAGCAUGGUCCACGCUGAUACCAGGCAACCCAGCUCUCUUCAAGUGGUAAAGACCCCCAUCACCACAGUGUGGGGCCCGCAGCACAGCCUGCACACAGUGAGCGAGACUGUUAACUAGGAGCUGAAAGCACGUGUUUUUUUUAUUUUUUAUAUGUAUAUCUGCGGAGGAGAGGGGCCAAACAUUCCCUUUGGAUGGACAACACUGUAUAUAGGAGAAUGUAUCAUCACCAGUCCCCCUUUUUGUUAUCAAAUCCUGUGCCUGCAGAAUACAGGGAAUGAAAUGAGGCGUGCGAGCUGGGACAAAGUGAAGUAACGGACACGAGGUGUUCCAGAGACUCGCUGUUUUCAAGCAGCUUUUUAUUGUUUCAAAUACGCGGUUCUUAACGGAGGCACCUACUGGUAAGAGCGCUUCUGAUGCCAUUUCUCGAAAUGAACAUUCCUCAGUGCAGAGUCAAUGUAUUGUACAACGUCUUUGGCAACACAUUUCAAAUAUCUUUCCACAUGACAAGUUGUGAGCGAGGCGGAGAGUAUCCCUUAAUUGUACAAAAUGUCAGUCGGUGUGAUUAUCAACACCAGCAAUUAGCCUCUUCAGUAGCAGUACCGGACUUUAUUGAAUGUACAAAAGACGUUGCUAUCAUUGGCUAGGCUGCCUAUCAUCCAUUCCCCUCCCAGGAUUAAAAAGGAGGACAUGAGGUUUAUUUUCUACUUGCAGCAGCAACAAUAGUCAUAGUUUUCUAUAGUUGUGCAAUUUAGAUGAUUUUUUUUUCUAAAUGAGUCUCUUCUUUACUCCACUACACCCCCCCCCUCCUUUUUCCCCUGGAGAUGAGCAGAAGGGAAAUUGAUUGUACUGCAGUGAGCCUGACUGAAUGAGUGACUCGCUUCGAUGUGUCUGUCUCCAUCACCC